GGCCGCACAGUAUGAGGCAGCUACCAUGGGCUUUAAGGAAAACUUCUCGGAGAUUGAUCCUGUCACUUUGAACCUCUGCAUCCUUAUCGCCAGCUAUGUUAUCUUGCUUCUGGUGUUCCUGAUAUCUUGUAUAAUGUAUGACUGCCGGGGCAAGGAUCCAACCAAGGAGUACGCGCCGGACCCUGUGCCGACCCAAUCCCCCAUCAGACUGGUGGUGAUGCAGCAGACCACCCCUUCUCCGCAACAUCAACGCUGGGACCAGACCAAUAUGGUCACCUCAUAUGAGCCUCAGCCCAGUCCAGACUUCAGGGAGAAGAAGAGCACCAUGGUCUAGAUUCUAGAAGGACUACUGUGGUGCUGAAUAACUCAGUCCACCACCCGUUGGAAUUAUCGCAGCGGGAUAAUCUUUUGUACAUAUAUGUUUUUUAAAAUCUGUUUCUACAUUUAUUUUUUAGACUGUAUUUUUCCCUGGUGGCCAGGACAAUGCUUGGAUUGGACCUGCAGAAGACCAGUCUGAGACGGUUCAUGAACAGACGGGCCUCUGCUAACUGCCGCUACCAGCCCACCUGCUAUGAGCAUGCUGCAAACUGCUAUACUCACGCGCUACUCAUCGUACCAGCCGUUGUGGGCAUGGCCCUGCUGCACCGUCUCUCAGACGACCGCUGGGAGAAGAUCACAGCCUGGGUGUAUGGCAUGGGCCUGUGUGCCCUCUUCCUGGUCUCCACUGUGUUCCACAUCAUCACCUGGAAGAAGAGCCACAUGAGGUCUGUGGAGCACUGCUUUCAUAUGUGUGAUAGAGUGGUCAUCUAUUUCUUCAUCGCUGCCUCCUACACACCAUGGUUGAAUCUUCGUGAGCUUGGCCCACUUGCAGUUCACAUGCGUUGGUUUGUAUGGCUAAUGGCUGCGGCAGGAACGAUAUACGUCUUCAACUACCACGAAAAGUAUAAAGUUGUUGAGCUCGCCUUCUAUUUGACUAUGGGUUUUUUCCCUGCGUUGGUUGUAACAUCAAUGAACAACACGGAUGGAUUGUACGAGUUGGCCUGUGGGGGACUCAUCUAUUGCCUGGGCGUGAUCUUCUUCAAGUCGGACGGGGUCAUCCCGUUUGCCCAUGCCAUCUGGCACGUGUUUGUGGCGCUGGCUGCAGCCGUGCACUACUACGCUAUCUGGAAGUACCUCUACAGGAGUCCCCCUGCUAAUACUAUUCGGGACGCCUGACCCCCACCGCAUCAAGUAGGCUAACUGAAAACACAUUGCCCUCCAGUGCCUCUCGACAUAGGCACCAGCAAAUAAAGACUCCCACAACUGCCCACCGAGGAUGCAACCACAGCCGGAAAGUUUACGAAAACGACCAUGCAUUGUUUACUGUUUUCAGGUAGGGAACCGUUUUUCAGUUUCUUUGACUGUACAAACUUUGAACAAAGGUUAUUUGUAAUUCUGUUUUUGUACGACUGUUAUUUAUUUGAAACCCCCAAAACAACUAAAAUGAUAAUCUUUUGACUUCCAUUUGGGAAUUGUUCUCAUCUUCUACACAUAAUGAUACGUUGGGCUGAGUUGAAAUCAGUGCUUUGUAUCACUUCACAUUCCAUACUUAGUAUCUUCUGUCAUUUGUAGUGAUUUUGUCAGUCAUCUUAUUGAUUGGAAAGCAGUUGGGAAGAACAUUCAAUAGAGUUGAGGUAAAUGUGCACGGUACACAUUGGACACAAAAUGUCUGAAUCAGUAUUUAUCAGUAUCUAAGUGCAGUCUUAUUUUUCAGAAGCACUUUUGUAUGAUAAGAACCAUUGGAUAUGAUGUUUAAUAAGUACUCUGAUUUGUGUAAUUGUAUUCUUUCCCACAAAUAUGGAGCCUUCAGAAGGUGAGUAUUUGAGUUGGUAUAGCUUUUAAAAAGGGUCUCUGUGAUUGGACUGAACUUCCUGAAAGAUAAAAUAUCUACAGUACAUCUGAGAUGUCCUGUACUUCUGCACAUAUCACUGCUGCCACUUUAAUGGUAUAGUAGAUAGUUCCAUUAUAUCACACACUUCCUGAUUUAAAAACACUCUCCUUACAUCCUAAAUUACCCUUCUGUUCUUUGUAUUAAUUUGAACCUGUUAUGUGUUUUUGGAUCUUCAAUGGUACUCUGUUCCCUACCUUUCUUUUGAGGAGUAUUUGCCAUUUCAGUUGAGAAACUAUGAAGACCAGUACCAUUAUACUAUGAAGACCAGUACCAUUAUACUAUGAAGACCAGUACCAUUAUACUAUCAAGACCAGUACCAUUAUACUAUGAAGACCAGUACCAUUAUACUAUGAAGACCAGUACCAUUAUACUAUGAAGACCAGUACCAUUAUACUAUGAAGACCAGUACCAUUAUACUAUGAAGUUGAAUUGAUUGAGAAACGUGUCAUGUACAACCAACCCUAUAAUGAUUUCUAAUGGUUUGUAGAUCUAUCCAUUUUUUGCUUUCUCACUUGUUUCUCACAAAUGUUCCUUGUGUAAAACACUGUACAGCCCUUGGUGAGCCUUUUUGUUUUCCCCUCCCUGACAUUUUGUGAGCUAUGCUAAGUGGAGAAAUCAGAUGAUUUUGUUAUGGAUUGUGGCCAUUCUGAAAUGUCUUGCUCCCUUUACCACAAUGUUUUGUAAUAUUUGUAUAUUCUGUUUUGGCACAUGAUCCUGUACUGGCCUUUUUUAGGGAAAACAUCCGCUUCUUGUUAACUCCCUACUUUAUCCAUUGGGUGUAUUGGUGCUGUACAUAUAGAAAACAAUGUUCACUCUGUAAGAAAUAGGUUACUAAUGUGUUGAUGAAAAAUAAAUGCCCUCAACAUUG